AUGGGAGAUUCUCGCGACAAGUUGAAGCACUUGGUUCCAGGUAAGUUGGUCACUGAACACACUCAGACUUGCAAGCGAGGAGUGCACAAGUGCAGCUUGUGCGCCGUGCAGCAGUCAUGGUCACUUUACAAAAAACCAUGGCUGAGAGUGCUUCUGGUCGAUGGAGAAUCCAAGCUCGGCUGCAGCUUAUGCGCGAAAGCCGGUCUGGAGGGCCCAUGGGCCAACUUUGAACAACCUCCGACUUCCGUGUUGAAGAAACACAACUUGGAGAGGCAUGAGAAGUCCAAGGGACACAUGACAGCAAGCCAAGAUGAUCUUUGCGGAGCCCCUAGCGACGAGGCUUUUAAGUCAAGUUUGCAGGGUAUGACGCAAGGACAAUCUGCGAGACAAGGUGGCGGAUCGUCCGAUAAAAAAACUCAAGUGCGGUAUGCCCUCUCGGAAGCAGUUUGUGCUCGCAACAGGACUUUGCUGGCAGAGUCUCGCUGCAUCUCAUUGAUGAGAGACGAACGCAAAGGAAAUCUUCUUGUGCGCUUCCGCGCUGUUCUACCGGACCUAACCACCAUCAGUGGCGCGCUUGGCUUGCAGCCUGUGACAGGUUCUGCUGAGUCCAUAGCUGAAGCAACUGCUGAAAUCAUGCAGAACUUCUGCCAACCGAUGCGGCAGCCUCCCAGACAAGCCAAGGAAAGCGAGCAGCCGGUCGACUCUGAACUUCUACGGAAGAUUCAGGACAGGGUCACCAUGGUGGCCAGUGACGCUGCUGCAUCCGAACUUUUAGCAGGUGACUUAGAGAGAGGGCGCCGUAGGGCCGCGACCGACUUUCAAUCCAAAUUUACAAAUUGCAAGAUCGUCGGCAGAGAUGCGGCGCAUGCAUCGACCCGUCUCUUGAAGAGACCAUUCCUUGCAUUGGAACCUGUCAAAAGUUUGACAAACGAAUGGAUCCAUGGGUCCGAAAGCUUCGCUCAGAAGGUGCACCACAGCCACAUCCUCAGCCAAUGGUGGGCCAAGGCCGUCCAAUGCAAAGAGGACUCUGACUUGACUGGAAACCUUUGCACCUCCAUGUCUGCGGCGAAGCACAGGUUCUCGUCAUACUUGAAUCCUCUCAGCCGGAUAAUUCGGAAUUUGCAAGCAGCUUUCAAUGUGUGCGGCAGGGUCCAAGCCAUGCGAGGUGCUGAGGCAACUUGGGCAACCAAGCUUUGCCAAAAUUUCAGUUCGUUCAAAGCAGCUUUGCUUGCAAUGAUUACCGACGCUGCAGCUAUCAGCAACGACUACACAAGGGAAUGCGACCGUGAAGACAUUGAUGUUGCUGAUUUGAAUUUACGAGCCAGCCAUUUUGUCCUCUCGGCAAGGUCUCUCUUCGUUGACCGGAAGGUGUUGACACUACCCACUUUCACGAAAGAAUUCUUAGAUAGAAGAAUUCCCGUGACCAUUCUUCAGGAUGGGUUUGCGUUGGACAUCCAAGAAUGGGUGUCUCUCGUGGAGGAAGUCGUCGCGCAUGAGUUUCCGAGUUGGCACUUGGCGGCGGCAUUUCAAGUUUUUCAUUUGUCUGACUGCGUAAGAGGCCGUGACUGCAGUGCGGAUGUUUUACGGAACUUGGAGAGGCUGGCUCAAGUGUAUUCGGUACCUUUUGAGGCACUGAAGCAAGAGUAUGCCCGCUUGCUGCCCAUUGCUGCAGCUUUGAAGAAGCAAGCAGGUUUGAGUAACAGAGAAGCAUGGAGGGAAGCCCUUCAACGGACAAGCAGUCGGAAAGGUGCCCAGGGAAGGAAGUAUGAGGCCACGGCCCUGAUACAAGUCAUGGCAGCUUAUCAAUGUUGGACCGCAGCCACAAGUGGAGUGGAGCAACAAUUCUCGAAGCUCAGGAGAAGUCCUGUGGAACUUUCCAACGCUUCUGUGGACACAGACCGUCGCCUUGCAAUUGUCAUGGGCGAUGGGCAGGCCAGGAGCCCAGCAGUGCAACCUGAAGUGAUUCAAGCCGCUCGACGAAUCUACGCUUCCCUACUGUCCAGUGGAAGGUCCCGGCCGCGGACAAAACCAAGGUUCGAUUGUGGUGUCACAGGCAAAGUGAAGACCGGAUCUUUUGCCGACUGGAACCGCACAAGAAAGAAAGCAUUGCUGGAAGCAGUGCAAAAAUGCGAAACACCUCCUCGGAAACCUUCCGAGCUGUUGACAGAAUCUUCCCAGAAGGAAAGAAAUUUCCAGAGAAAACAGGGUUUGAAACGAAAGGCUGAGGCUCUGGCAGAUGGCUGUUUGUUGCCGGAUGAGGUCACCCAAGAGGUUCAGGAAGAGGCCUUGCGACUGACCAAAGCAAACCGACAAGGAGAUGGUCUCAGGAAAAAAAGACAGGCAUACGAAGUGUCCGGUAAAUUGACCUCCACGAAGAAAAGGCAUCAGUGGGCCUGCCAAGGUCUCAGUGGCCCAGCGUGGUGUUGCUCCAAGAUGGAAGGCGGCAAGGCGCAAGCAGUGUCUCAAUCUUUGACGGCACAUGGGGUUGCGACGAGAACUCAGGACCUGCGGCAAGCCAAGCUCUUCGUGGUCUCAAACUUCGUUAGGGUGCAAAGAAAAGUGCGUUUCAUGGCUGCUCUGAGUGGAUCCGUCUUGAUGUCAGCUUCUGCUUUGCUUGGAGCAGGAGGUGUGAAGUUGACGUUUCACCCGGGUCAGGAGAUACAAGUUGCAAUCUUCGUGACUGACACUUUCAAGGCCGAAGAGCCAGGAAUGACUCUACUGCUACGUGAGGCAUGUGCCCGUGGGUGGCAGGCAGUGAGGGCGGAAGAUUUGAAAGGCCGCGGGCGAAAGCCCAGUCUCCAUCUCAGGGGUGCGGGGGAGGCCAUCCCAGCUGGUUUCAACAAAACCAGGGUGAAGUGUUUUACUGUCACCGAUUUUUUGCGUUGGCUCACGGCAACUUGUCUCAACAAGACGGCAAGCUCCCGUGUGAAGAUAGCAGCUGCUUGA